CAUUAAUAUCAAUUUGAAAAACAAUCUAAAAGAUAUUUAGGAAACUCUUAUAUGUAAUAUCCAUGGGCAAGUAAACGAGGAUUGAAGAACUACCAACCUAAAACUACAUUUCCAUUACUCGACGUGACUGGUAGAAACUGUGUUGUGCUGUGUUGCAGGAAAGAGUUAAUAGUGUAGUAUUUGUUAGCUGUUAUCGCUGUAUUUGGUGCAACGAAGGCAAUUCUUCUACUUCCAAGAUGUUUUUGACGCGUUCGGAAUAUGACAGAGGUGUGAACACGUUCUCUCCAGAAGGACGUUUAUUUCAGGUUGAAUAUGCAAUUGAAGCAAUUAAAUUAGGUUCUACUGCAAUAGGCAUUUGCACAUCUGAAGGAGUAGUUUUAGCAGUAGAAAAGCGCAUUACAUCUCCGCUAAUGGAGCCUACAACAAUAGAAAAAAUUGUUGAAGUAGACAAGCAUAUUGGAUGUGCGGUGAGUGGAUUAAUGGCAGAUUCCCGCACAAUGUUGGACAGAGCAAGAGUAGAAUGUCAGAACCAUUGGUUCGUCUACAAUGAACGCAUGGCUGUGGAGAGUGUUGCCCAAGCUGUAUCAAAUCUUGCCAUCCAAUUUGGUGACUCAGAUGAUGAUGGAGGAGCAAUGAGUCGACCUUUUGGUGUAGCGAUUCUGUUUGCUGGCUGUGAUGAAAAAGGACCUCAACUUUUCCAUAUGGAUCCAUCAGGAACUUUUGUACAAUUUGAAGCAAAAGCAAUUGGGUCAGGAAGUGAAGGAGCUCAGCAGAGUCUUCAGGAAAUGUAUCACAAGUCCAUGACUUUGAAAGAAGCUCUGACUACAGCUCUCACCAUCCUGAAACAAGUAAUGGAAGAGAAGCUGAGUUCUACCAAUGUGGAAGUAAUGACUAUGACGCCAGAAAAAAUGUUCCAUAUGUUCUCACGUGAGGAAGUUGAAGAGAUUCUUGGAACUUUGGCCCCUAUCUCAAAGGAAGACUCAUUGGCAGGAGGAGUAUCAACAGCACGAGAGGGAGUAUCAGCUUAGCUGGUUCAUCAAACUUUUACUGGAGAGUGGGCUGCUACUACUCUUAAUUCAUAUUUGUGUUUUCGUAUUACUACUUCAUUUCAAUAAAAAGCUUUCAAUUA